ACUAGCUCAAACAAAGUACCAGAUAUAUAUUGGCAACUCAUUGCUUAUUGCUAGUGCUAACCCCCCUCCUAAUUCAAAUGGCUUCUUCUUCUUCCAAGCGCAUAAGGACAUACGAUGUCUUCCUCAGUUUCAGAGGCAUGGAUGUUCGCAACAAUUUUGUUGGUCAUCUCUAUACAGCUCUAGACCAAAUAGGAAUAAACACUUACAUCGACAGUGAAGAACUGGAGAAGGGAGAGCAGAUAACAGCGGCGCUUAUGGAGGCGAUCGAGGAAUCGCAAAUUGCAGUCAUUGUUUUCUCCGAGAACUAUGCCUCUUCGUCGUUUUGUUUGAACGAGUUAAUGAAAAUCAUGGGGCGCAUGCAGCAAAAGGAGCUGAUUGUGUGGCCGGUGUUUUACAAAGUGGAACCCCGUGAAGUGAGGACGCCAAGAGAGAUUUACGAAGAAGCUAUGGCCAUACAUGAGGUCAAGUUCGGGAAUGAUUUAAACAAAGUAAAGAGAUGGAAUGAAGCUCUUCUGGACACUGGUAGCUUGUCUGGGUGGCAUUUCACAGAUGGAAAUGAAGCGGAGCUUAUACAACAUAUCGUACAAAAGAUCUCAACUCAACUAGAUCAAAUGCCCUUACAUGUUGCCAAAUAUUUGGUUGGGAUAGAUUCCCGAGUACAACAGCUUAAAACAAUAUUAAAUCUACAGUCCAAGGAUGAUGUUAUGAUGGUAGGAUUAUGGGGCCAAGGAGGUGUAGGUAAGACGACCCUUGCUAGAGCCACUUAUAAUGUUGUGUUUAGAGAGUUUCAUGGUUCUAGCUUCUUGGAACGUGUUGGAGAAAAAAGUUCCAACAUUUCCAAUGAUUUGGUUGCUUUGCAAGAAAAAUUGCUAUCGGAGAUAUUAUCGGGGAGGAAAUUUACAAUUCACAGUGUUGGUAAAGGAAGUCGGUUGAUUGAAAAUAGACUUUGCAAGAAGAAAGUUCUCAUUAUCCUUGACGAUGUCGAUGAUGAAUGCCAACUAAAUGCUUUAGCUAGAAAUUGCAAGUGGUUCGGUAAAGGAAGCAGGAUAAUUAUCACAACAAGAGAUAGGCAUUUGCUAACUACUCAUGGGGUACACCAUGAUCAUAUCUAUGAAGUAAAAGUUCUCCAAAACGGUGAAACUCUUCAUCUUUUUAGAAAGCAUGCUUUUCUAGGAAAUCGGAAAAUAGAAAUCAGCAGCAAUCUUGUUGAUAGGGUCUUAAAUUAUGCUAGAGGCCUUCCUUUGGCUCUUGUGGUAUUGGUUUCUUUCUUGUGUGGUAGAGGAGAACGUGAAUGGAAAAGUAUCCUGCAGAAACUUUCCAAAAUUCCUGACAAAAAAAAUCAAUGAUGUGCUGAAGGUUAGUUAUGAUGGAUUGGAUGACCACAUGAGGGAGAUUUUUCUAGACAUUGCUGGUUUCUUCAAGGGGGAGAGAACAAAGUAUAUUAAGAAAGUUCUUGAUAGUUGUGACUUUGACACGACUAUUGGAGUGCAAAUUCUCAUUGAGCGCUCCUUGAUUAGGGAAGAGCAUCAGACCUUACAAAUGCAUGACUUAAUACAAUCAAUGGGUAUGGAUAUUGUUCAGGAAAAAUGUCGUGAUGAUCCCGAAAAGCGCAGUAGAUUAUGGCUUUAUGAUGAUGUUACUAAUGUUCUAUCGGGAGAUACGGGAACAGAUGCCAUAAAAGCCAUAGCUUUGAAGCUACUGAAGCCGGAAGAGACGUAUAUUGGUCCUAAUGCUUUCACGAACAUGAAAAAGUUGAGGCUUCUCAUUCUGCGUAACGUACAUAAUUCUUUCCAAGGUCCCAUUCUCCUCCCUAAUGAGAUAAGGUGGUUUGAAUGGCCUCACUGUGCCUCGAUUCCAGAAUUCAGAGAUGGUCCAAAGAAGUUUGUUGGACUUGAUAUGCGGAAGAGCAAGACCGAAGUUAGGCUGGAAC